AUGCGGGGCCCGAGUGCGGCCCUGGGGCUCCUCCUGGCUCUGCGCACCGUGCUCAGCGGGGUGGAGGUGCGGUGGUGCACCACCUCGGACCCAGAGCAGCAGAAAUGCAGCGACAUGAGCAACGCCUUCCAGGGAGCCGGGGUCCAGCCCCCGCUGCGGUGCGUCCAGGGCACCUCCGCCGACCACUGCGUCCAGCUCAUCACGGCUGGGGAAGCAGAUGCCAUCACUCUGGACGGAGGAGCCAUUUACGAGGCGGGGAAGGAGCACGGCCUGAAGCCCGCGGUGGGCGAAGUGUAUGAUCAAGAGGUCGGCACCUCCUACUACGCGGUGGCCGUGGUCCAGAGGGGCUCCAACCUGACCCUCAGCAGCCUGAAGGGCGCCAAGUCCUGCCACACGGGCAUCAACCGGACGGUGGGCUGGAACGUGCCCGUGGGCUACCUGGUGGAGAGCGGCAGCCUCUCGGUGAUGGGCUGCGACGUGCUCAGAGCUGUCAGCGAGUACUUCGGGGGCAGCUGCGUCCCCGGGGCGGGAGAGACCAGCUCCUCCGAGUCCCUCUGCCGCCUGUGCCGGGGCGACGCGGCCGGGGAGGGGGUGUGCGACAAGAGCCCCCGGGAGCGGUACUACGACUACAGCGGGGCCUUCCGGUGCCUGGCGGAAGGGGCCGGGGACGUGGCCUUCGUGAAGCACAGCACGGUGCUGGAGAACACGGAUGGACAAACUCUGCCCUCCUGGGGCCAGGAGCUGCGGUCACGGGACUUCCAGCUGCUGUGCCUGGAUGGCAGCCGGGCCGACGUCACUGAAUGGAGACGGUGUCACCUGGCCCGGGUGCCCGCUCACGCCGUGGUCAUCCGGCCUGACACCGAUGGAGGCCUCAUCUUCCGGCUGCUCAACGAAGGCCAGCGUCUGUUCAGCCACGAGAACAGUAGUUUCCAGAUGUUCAGCUCUGAGGCCUACGGACAGAAGAACCUGCUCUUCAAGGACGCCACCUCAGAGCUGGUGCCCAUCGCCACGCAGACCUACGAGGCAUGGCUGGGCCCUGAGUACCUGCGUGCCAUGAAGGGUCUCCUGUGUGACUCCAACCGGCUGCCCCACUACCUGCACUGGUGUGUGCUGUCCGCUCCUGAGAUCCAGAAGUGCGGGGACAUGGCUGUGGCCUUCAGCCGGCAGAGGCUCAGGCCGGAGAUCCAGUGUGUGUGGGCCGAGUCCCCCCGGCACUGCAUGGAGCGAAUCCAGGCCGGGCAAAUCGACGCUGUGACCUUGAGGGGUGAGGACAUUUACACGGCUGGGAAGACAUAUGGCCUGGUUCCGGCGGCUGGCGAGCAGUAUGCCCCGGAGGACAGGAGCAACGGGUACUUCGUGGUGGCCGUGGUGAGGCGGAACAGCUCCGACGCCUUCAGCCUGAGCGAGCUGCGGGGCAGGCGCUCCUGCCACCCGGCACUGGGCAGCCCGGCCGGCUGGGCCAUCCCCGUGGGCGCCCUGGUGCGGAGGGGCCUCAUCCAGCCCCGGGACUGCGACGUGCUCACAGCGGUGAGCGAGUUCUUCAGCGCCAGCUGCGCGCCCGCCAGCAGCCCCGGGCACUACCCGCCCGCGCUGUGCGCGCUGUGCGCGGGGGACGAGCAGGGCCGCCACCGGUGCGAGGGCAGCAGCCAGGAGCGGUACUUCGGCUACGGCGGCGCCUUCAGGUGCCUGGCUGAGCACGCGGGGGACGUGGCCUUCGUCAAGCACACGACCGUCUUUGACAACACAGACGGCCACAAUCCCGAGCCCUGGGCCGCCGAGCUUCGGUCGGAGGACUACGAGCUGCUGUGCCCCAACGGCGCCCGGGCCGAGGUGUCUCAGUUCGGAGACUGCAACCUGGCCCAGAUGCCGUCCCACGCGGUGAUGGUCCGGCCGGACACCAACAUCUUCGCCGUGUACGGGCUGCUGGACAAGGCCCAGGGCCUGUUUGGAGACGACCACAACAAGAACGGGUUCAAGAUGUUCGACUCCUCCGACUACCACGGCCAAGACCUGCUGUUCAAGGACGCCACGGUCCGGGCGGGGCCCGUGGGGGAGAGGACCACCUACCUCGACUGGCUGGGCCCCGACUACGUGGCGGCCCUGGAAGGGAUGCUGUCCCAGCAGUGCUCGCGGGCAGGCCUCGCCGCCCGCGCCUCCCCGCUGCUGCUGCUGCUCCCGCUGGCCCUGGCGGCCGGCCGCCUCCCGCCCUCCCUCUGA